UUCCCAUUCACAGAGAACCCGGCUCGUCCACAGGACUUUCCAGCCAGCUGUGAGGCACGCACCACACGGUUCGGAUGAUGUCAUUCACUUUCUUUUGAGCAGUUUUCACGAGACCGGAGGACACCGUUUUUUUUUAUUUGCGGUGAGAGAUACGAUUGGGUGGGGAGGAUAUCUCAUCGAACGGACAGAGACAGAGGACGGUAGCUGACUACCUACGGCAAAACGACACGACUCUCUCGAUUUGUCUGUGUGAUGAGGGCCACAUCAUGCACCACUGAUACCGUCUACGCUGUUGCUAGCUUUCACCACACAGCUGACAAGCCAAAAGUGAACCGUAAAACAAUACGUGAAUCUAUAGCCAGCUAGCUUUUUAUAUACUAUCUAUUUUUGCCUUACAGCCUUCCGUGGCCGCAUUUGAGAGAAAAGUGAAAUUAGGCGGCUCUCGACCUGGCUGACAUUUCCGGAUUCGAACACUCGCAUAUUCAUCCUCCCAGUGGUGUUGUUUUAGCAUCUCAAAAUACACGCAAUUCAUCGCUAUUUAUGUGACAACGGAUGCAAGCAAAGUGAAACUAACGGUAACCAUCAUUUGGUUUCCAGAGGACCUAUUUUUCUUGCUUUGGGAAUAGAAAUGGGCCGUGUUCAACAGUUCUGUAACUGUCUAGCUCGAGCUAGCUACUGUAGCAAGCUAUCUCCGGUCGGGAUCUAGUACCGUUAUGUGCGUGCCUGUGGUCUUUACAGCCAAAAAGCGAAACAUUCGUCGUUCACGUUUCGCUGCCUUGAUAUUUGAUAUAGUAAUUUUUUCAACAUCUACAAUCGAGAUACCCUUGGCUUUGGAACGGGUACAAUUCUUGGACCGAUUUUUUUGUUUUGGCUGAGGCAUGACAGACAUUCGAUCCAUCCUUCUAUCCCGGUGUUCCAUCCAAUACGGCGCAGUGUGAGUAGCCCAUCCGGGAAGCGCACAUCCUAUAUGCACCUCUGGGGUGUCGGGGGGCUGAAGGUGCUACUAUAACUGGAGCUGGAGGACGCUGCCUUCCCAUCUCAGCAUUAAACCAUGGCCAAUGAACCUGUUAUCCUUAAUGUGUAUGAUAUGUACUGGAUCAAUGAGUACACUUCCACUCUGGGUGUUGGAGUCUACCACUCAGGCAUUGAGAUCUAUGGCCGAGAGUUUGCAUAUGGCGGCCAUCCGUAUCCCUUCAGUGGCAUAUUUGAAAUCAAUCCUGGAAACGCCACUGAAUUAGGAGAGACCUUCAAGUUCAAGGAGGCUAUUGCUUUGGGCACAACAGACUUUGCAGUGGAGGAUAUGGAUAAAAUCAUGGAGGAGCUGGGGAGGGAUUUCAAGGGCAACUCCUACCAUCUAAUGCACAAGAACUGCAACCACUUCUCCUCCUCGUUGUCUGAGCUGUUGUGUGGGCGUGAGAUCCCUCGCUGGGUGAACCGCCUGGCUUAUUUCAGCUCCUGCGUGCCCUUUCUCCAGACCUGCCUCCCUAAGGAGUGGCUGACCCCCGCUGCCCUCCAGAGCCACAUCAGCAUGGGUCUCCGCAAGGAGGAGCGGGAGGCCGGGGAGUCCAGCGACGACGACCCCAACUCAGCCUCCGGGACCGCCGGGGCGGGCGCCGGAUCCUCACACAGCUGUCGCCAUACACGGGUCUGAGCCAAUGACUGUAGGGUCUGAAGAGAACAGCCAAUAGGACUCUCUCAAUUACCUUUGACCUUCGAACCCUGGACCAGAAGGUCACCAGGUCACCUGUGCUGGGGAUGUAGUGAUGUAAUAUCUGUGGGCCUGACUGAAUAACCACCUGACCUCAUAGUACCACCCCUGAGAACAGAGACGGGGACAGAUGAUUAGUUAGCCUGGUAGUACUAGCUCGCGGAGCCCGCCGGGGCCAGGGGACCUGCAAAAACCUACAGAUCCCCUGGUUUUCUUCCUUUUUAGAUAUGGUAGAUAUAUUCUGAAGGGGGAUUUGUUAUAGGUUUGUUGACCAACUAACUCAGAGCAUGGCAUGGCUCUUUUAGAUUGACAACAGCUACAUGAUGUACUGUAGGUCUGGGCUACUUUGUAGUAUUUCUCUUUUUCCAUGAACUUUUAAACCUUUGUCAGCCUUCAUCCCUGAUCCACCCUGAUUCCCUUCUGGCGGAACUCCUUCUAUUGUAGAGUAGACGGAUAUCAGACACCACAAAGAUACAUCUAAAGUGAUGUCCCAAAUGGAAGCCUAUUCCCUAUAUAGUGCACUAUUUUAGUACAGAGCCCUAUGUAACCCUAUUCCCUAUAUAUAGUGCACUACUUUAGACCAGAGCCCUAUGUAACCCUAUUCCCUAUAUAUAGUGCACUACUUUAGACCAGAGCCCUAUGGAACCCUAUUCCCUAUAUAGUGCACUACUUUAGACCAGAGCCCUAUGGCACCCUAUUCCCUAUAUAUAGUGCACUACUUUAGACCAGAGCCCUAUGGCACCCUAUUCCCUAUAUAUGGUGCACUAUUUUAGACCAGAGCCCUAUGAAACCCUAUUCCCUAUAUAGUGCACUAUUUUAGACCAGAGCCCUAUGGAACCCUAUUCCCUAUAUAUAGUGCACUAUUUUAGACCAGAGCCCUAUGAAACCCUAUUCCCUAUAUAGUGCACUAUUUUAGACCAGAGCCCUAUGGAACCCUAUUCCCUAUAUAUAGUGCACUACUUUAGACCAGAGCCCUAUGGCACCCUAUUCCCUAUAUAGUGCACUAUUUUAGACCAGAGCCCUAUGGAACCCUAUUCCCUAUAUAUAGUGCACUAUUUUAGACCAGAGCCCUAUGAAACCCUAUUCCCUAUAUAUAGUGCACUACUUUAGACCAGAGUCCUAUGGCACCCUAUUCCCUAUAUAUAGUGCACUAUUUUAGACCAGAGCCCUAUGAAACCCUAUUCCCUAUUAUAGUGCACUAUUUUUUGUUGUUGAUAAGGGCCAAUAUGGCUCUUGUCAAAAUAAGUGCCCUAUCCAGGGCAUAGGGUUCCAUUUGGGACGACACCUAAGUAUGUCUCUGCCUGAGACUACUGGUAUUGUGACUUUAGCAGGAUGUUACUUGCUGCUCAUUACUUGUUCAAUAACCUCCUUACUUGGGCCUUCAGUCUUAACUUCAAAGAUGUUUUGUUUAUGUGUGUGGGGGAGGGGUGGAGUUAAUAUUCUGGCGAUUUUUUGGGACGUUGUAGUGGACUAUAUAUAGUGAUAUGAACCAUAUAUAUAGUGAUAUGUGCUCUGUUUAGAAGGAGUAAUUACAUGUGGGAUUUAAACCAGCACAUUUCUGUUAAAUGUCAUUCUUAACUGAAAAUUAUGUGCAAAGAAUUGGACAAAAGUGAAGACAUCGAAAUUAGUUUUGAACCAUAUUGAUUUCAAUGAUUACAUUUUAUCGUAUUAGUAUUAUACAUUUGGGUGUUAUUUGUCUAUUUCAUGGUCUCAUGUAUUGUUUAACAAGACAUUGUCCGCCCACCCCCAUAUAAAUAGCUAUGUACUACCAUCAUAUGUGAUGAAUAACACUGGCAGAUGUCUCUGAAACGUGCAUUUACACACUUCUUCAAUGGGAAUCAUUCAAUCUUUCAUCAGGAGAUGAAACAGAAACCUGAUCAAGAAAGCUCAGCCGUUGUGACCGAUCAGUCGAUGCACAACAUAAGAAAUCUCAGCAGUGAAAGUGAAACUCAUAGUUGUUGAAUCACAGUUUUCUGUUCAUACAACUCCUCUUUUUCUUGAUCCCUCCUCCCCAGAGAGUGAUUGAGUAGGUGUGUGAGGGGUCUGGGUGCCUGUCGAGGGGUGGGGGGGGGGGGUUACAGUUAGGGCAUUGGGUGAAGGAAAAGAGGUAUUUGUUGUGAGAUAUCUUUUGAUUGGUGAGGUUAUGUAUCUUAAUGUGUUGGAUUCACAGGUGAUCCCUGAAACAAGGGGAGGAAGUUGUCCCACCAGUCAGCCAGUUGUCCUACCAGUCAGUCAGUUGUCCUACCAGUCAGCCAGUUGUCCUACCAGUCAGUCAGUUGUCCCACCAGUCAGCCAGUUGUCCUACCAGUCAGCCAGUUGUCCUACCAGUCAGCCAGUUGUCCUACCAGUCAGCCAGUUAUCCCACCAGUCAGCCAGUUAUCCCACCAGUCAGUCAGUUGUCCCACCAGUCAGUCAGUUGUCCCACCAGUCAGCCAGUUGUCCUACCAGUCAGCCAGUUGUCCUACCAGUCAGCCAGUUGUCCUACCAGUCAGUCAGUUGUCCCACCAGUCAGCCAGUUGUCCUACCAGUCAGUCAGUUGUCCUACCAGUCAGUCAGUUGUCCCACCAGCCAGCCAGUUAUCCCACCAGUCAGUCAGUUGUCCUACCAGUCAGCCAGUUGUCCUACCAGUCAGUCAGUUGUCCCACCAGUCAGCCAGUUGUCCUACCAGUCAGCCAGUUGUCCUACCAGUCAGCCAGUUGGCCUACCAGUCAGUCAGUUGGCCUACCAGUCAGUCAGUUGUCCUACAAGUCAGCCAGUUGUCCUACCAGUCAGCCAGUUGUCCUACCAGUCAGCCAGUUGGCCUACCAGUCAGCCAGUUGUCCUACCAGUCAGUCAGUUGUCCUACCAGUCAGCCAGUUGCCCUACCAGUCAGUCAGUUGUCCUACCAGUCAGCCAGUUGCCUUACCAGUCAGUCAGUUGCCCUACCAGUCAGCCAGUUGUCCUACCAGUCAGUCAGUUGGCCUACCAGUCAGUCAGUUGUCCUACCAGUCAGUCAGUUGUCCUACCAGUCAGCCAGUUGUCCUACCAGUUAGCCAGUUGUCCUACCAGUCAGUCAGUUGUCCUACCAGUCAGUCAGUUGUCCUACCAGUCAGCCAGUUGCCCUACCAGUCAGUCAGUUGUCCUACCAGUCAGCCAGUUGUCCUACCAGUCAGUCAGUUGUCCUACCAGUCAGUCAGUUGUCCUACCAGUCAGCCAGUUGUCCUACCAGUCAGCCAGUUGUCCUACCAGUCAGCCAGUUGUCCUACCAGUCAGUCAGUCGUCCUACCAGUCAGUCAGUCGUCCUACCAGUCAGCCAGUUGUCCUACCUGUCAGCCAGUUGUCCUACCUGUCAGCCAGUUGGCCUACCAGUCAGCCAGUUGUCCUACCAGUCAGUCAGUUGUCCUACCAGUCAGCCAGUUGCCCUACCAGUCAGUCAGUUGUCCUACCAGUCAGCCAGUUGCCUUACCAGUCAGUCAGUUGCCCUACCAGUCAGCCAGUUGUCCUACCAGUCAGUCAGUUGGCCUACCAGUCAGUCAGUUGUCCUACCAGUCAGUCAGUUGUCCUACCAGUCAGCCAGUUGUCCUACCAGUUAGCCAGUUGUCCUACCAGUCAGUCAGUUGUCCUACCAGUCAGUCAGUUGUCCUACCAGUCAGCCAGUUGCCCUACCAGUCAGUCAGUUGUCCUACCAGUCAGCCAGUUGUCCUACCAGUCAGUCAGUUGUCCUACCAGUCAGUCAGUUGUCCUACCAGUCAGCCAGUUGUCCUACCAGUCAGCCAGUUGUCCUACCAGUCAGCCAGUUGUCCUACCAGUCAGUCAGUCGUCCUACCAGUCAGCCAGUUGUCCUACCUGUCAGCCAGUUGUCCUACCUGUCAGCCAGUUGUCCUACCUGUCAGCCAGUCCUGGACUAGAGUAUUACACUGACUACCAUCCUAUCAAACAAUAUCAAUAAUGCUGUUUCCAGAUGAGACAGCCGUUAGGCUACAUGUUAUUCUGUUCUGUUCCUGCAUUAUAUUACAACUACUCUGGUAGAACUCAAUAGUUUCCAUUCUGAAGUUCAGUCCAUUGCAUUCCGUACAUAAGUCUUUCUGGAGGACAAUAUUGUCCUUUCUUUCUCUUCUCCUCCUUGGUUUACUGUCUGUCUGUCUGUCUCCAUCCCUCUGUACCCCACCCCCCCCUCUCAGGAAGGAAAUCACAUGACCUGUGCUUAUUACACAGGUGUCUCAUUAUUAUCCAUCAUCUCCAUGACAACUGGGCAAAAUAAAAUAACUAUAUUUA